AUGUGGAUAAUUAUCCAAACUGGAUUCGAGCUUCCACGAGACGACACUGGAAAACCAGUCUCAUGCGUGAACUGGGACACCAGCUUAAUGAAGAAGAUUGAAGCCGACGCCAAAGCAACUUGCAAGCUACAAUGCGGGCUGACAAAAGAAGAACUGAACAAAGUUGGCCCUUUCUUAAGCGCGAAAGAGCUGUGGGAAAAAUUGAUCGAGCUGCACAAAGGCACCUCCGAUACAAAAGAAGGUGAGACGUCUAGCCAACUUCAUGCGCGGAUUCAAGAUCUACUGAAUGGACUCCACGCGAUCGGACAGGAGGUAGGAAAUUGA